AUGGAUAACCUCCCGGGGAGAGAUGCCAAGGGGUUUCAAAAUACCGAGACCGUCGUGCCCCCGCCAGAUGGAGAGCCCAAGCCCAUGCCGCUUUUCACCCAAUAUCACUUCCCGCACUACGGAGAUGCAGUCCUUCUUAUUAUCCCCACCUCAAACGAACAUAAGACACAAAUCCUACUUGCAGCUUUUGAAUCGCAGAAGCCAGCCAACGUGUCGAUGCAUCAUAUUGUCAUUCCGGCAGAAUCCGAGGUUGGCGAGCAGCCGUAUGACGGGGCAGGCGUCCUCGGCGCGUACAAUCGCAUCAGUAAUGCGCUGCAAGCGCUUGCCACCUCCCCGGAGAACCAAGCCGUAUUCACCAAGGAACGAAUCGGCACCGUGAUUGCAGCCUCCAUCGAGAACUACAUCCAAGCGGCCGGCGUGCCCCGCGCGGUAGACUACGGCGUGGUGAUGGUGCAUAAUGCUACAACGGGCCAGACGGUCACCGGGAUAUCGAGAGGCGUCACGGUGCCACAGGCUUUUGUUGCCCGCGCCCGUUUGGAUGGGUUUGAGGAUGAGGAUAGGAGCCACGGGAAAGUGACGGUCGGGAGCAUUCUGGCAGCCGGCGUGUCGGGGCUGGAUAAGGCUGACUGGCAUGCCGUCCUGGCAGGCACCUCACGCUACGAUUUGCUCAAGGAGACCAUUGACGCACUAGCAAUUCCCUGGUAG